AUGGCGAAUCUGCAUCAUGCUCUUCCAGAUUUUUACACUAAUCCAGGUAAUCCUUUCUUCCUGCAUCCAAGCGAGAAUCCGGGCUUGGUGCUGGUUACUCCUCCUCUUGAUGAGAGGAAUUAUCAUUCUUGGGCCAGAUCCAUGACUAUGGCUCUUUUAACUAAGAACAAAUUAGGUUUUGUUGAUGGUUCUAUUGCACGACCACUGGAAAAUGAUCCUACAUUUCCAACUUGGCUACGAUGCAACAUGAUUGUUUUGUCUUGGAUUCAUCGAUCAAUAAGCAGUUCCAUUGCUCAAUCCAUAUUAUGGAUAGAUCGAGCCAGUGAUGCUUGGUCUGAUCUUCAGGGAAGAUUUUCUCAUUCUGAUAUAUUUCGCAUUUCUGAUUUGCAAGAAGAAAUUUAUAAAAUGCAACAGGGUGAUUGUUUGGUUACUGAGUUCUACACUCAAAUGAAGAUAAUGUGGGAUGAACUUGACAACCUAAAACCUCUACCUACCUGUAGCUGUGAUGAUCCAUGUACAUGUGGAGGAUACAAUUUGAUGAGAACAUAUAGGGAUCCUGAUCAAGUGGUUCGGUUCCUCAAAGGUCUCAAUGAGCAAUAUGCUCAUGUGAGAUCCCAAGUGAUGCUGCUGGAUCCUUUUCCCAGCUUAAUCAGAGUUUUCUCUAUGAUCGUUCAACAAGAGAGGCAAAUGCUUUGUGAAGUCCUAGUUGAUUCAAACACAGAAACCAGAGUUUUCAACAAUUUUUCUGAUAAUCAUCAGAAACAGAAUUUUGGAAGAGGCAGGGGCCGUGGAUUCCCUUCCUUCUUCAAUAAGGGACGUGGUUCUGGUAAAGUCUGCACUUACUGUGGCAAGCCUAACCAUAUUGUUGAUAUUUGCUAUCAAAAGCAUGGAUAUCCUCAAGGUUUCAAACCAAAAGGUCCAUCGAAUGCUAAUUUUGUGGCUCGAAAUGAUACUGACAUUACUGAAGGUGGUGAUAAUUCAGAUUCCAUGGUGACUAUUUCUCAGGAUGAAUAUCAAAAUUUGAUCAAGGGUUUGCAAUUGAGAUCUUCAGUUGAAGAAACUCCAAUCAGUUCCACCAAUCUCAUUUAG